AUGGUCAGCUUCCUGCCAGGCAACGAUGCUCGCCUUAGUUACAUUGUAAAUCAAGUCGCAUCCGCAUCCGCAGCCGCUGUCUCGCCCGCCCUGCCCACAUUUAGUCCGCCGCGCAUUGAGAGCUUGGUGGCCAGUUCGGCGGAGGAUUUGAGCAGCUUUGGGGAUGUGACAUUUGACAUCUUCGAUGACGAUGACGAUUUGUUUGGCUCGCCAAUGGCCUUCGAUGCCAGCGAGCAGGGCUUGUGGAAUGGACGCUUCGUGCCCCCACCACCCCGUCCACCCUUCUUUGUAGAUGAGCCCGUGCUGAGCGAUGGCCUAACCACAUGUGAUUUAUGCUCCUGGGCCAUGCCCACCAAGAGCACUUUCAUGUUCGAGGGCACGAUAGAAAAGGCUACAGAAUUGGGCUGGCCUCUGACGUUGAUCAUUGUGUCAGUGCUGUCGGCGUUGCUCGGCGCCAUCAUCAUGAUUGCCGUGGUGCGUUGUCGGCGCAAAAAGUCGUCCAACAAUCGCAAUGACACACACGUGCAGUGGUGGUCGCGCAACAAACGCGCCCACAGCAAUGGAGCGGGCACAGGCAGCGGUGGUGGCCCAUCGAAUGCCGGUAGCAGCGCCCACAACAACAACAAUCAUCUGAGACGGAGCAAUAUUUAUACGGCGCACCCGGCGGACAGCAUACGCGGGCUGCAACCGCUGCCGCUGCCACUGCCGUUGCCCAUGCCGCCCACGCUGGCGGCUGCAUCUGCGCCAAUGUUGUCCGUAACGCCAUCGCUGGCAGGCAGCGCGCCGCCAAGCCAACAGCAGCUGCAACAGCAUCAGCAGCCACCACCACACUUCUUCCAUCCAUAUCAUCAUCAUCAUCACCAGCACCAGGCAGCCCCGCCGCCGCAUUUCCCGCAUGACUGCGACGAGGAUGCCGCAUAUGAGGAGCCCGAGUAUCAUCAGCCGCAGCAAUUGCACAGCAGCUCCAAUUCCAACUCCUUGUCGUCGGUCACGUCAUCGCCAGCGCCCACCGAGGCCACUACCCAUUGGCCGCAGGCCGGCACUAUGGUGGUCGCCAGCUGAGAAACGGCCGAGAGCUGCGUCUGGGCACGUCAGCGUCGGCGCAGCCUGAGCAGCGGCUGGAUCUGGCAGUGACAUGUUGCACGGCAACAUGCUGCUGCAACAUACCUAUAUGCGGACACUGUGGCAACACUGGCUGCUUAAAAUGCGGCGCACAAAUUCUGGUGCAGAUCAUAAAAAGGAUUACACGUAACAUUUUGUGAAGUAUAUUUUAUUUUUGCUUGCUGGGAGCCGGCAAACCAGUCCAUAAGCGUCUAAGGAUUCACUUCAGUGUCUGACUGACAUCCACAGUGUGUGAGCACGGGUGAGUGUGAAUGUGUAUGUGCCAGUCUAUUUGUUUGUGUGUUGUGCCAGUGUCUGUGUCUCCAAUUGGGAAAACCGAAACGAAUUUAGUGUCACUUCCACUUCCGUUGUGCAAACUAUCGAAGCAGCCAACAAAACCAAAAACCGACACCCAGACAAGGAUGGUUGGGGCAGAGAGGGCGUCAAUGGGUGUAGGGGGAGCGGUGCUGAUGGCGGGUUAUGUGGCAUCAUGCUCUUUACAUGCCUUGCACGUUUUAUCCUUUAUUGCCGUUCGGCAUUAGUACAGGGAUUUUGUCAGAUUAAAGCAAAUAAAGGGCGUGCUUUUUGUUUCCAGCUUUUUGCAACUGGCAACUGGCAACUGCCGACUCUGUCGAUGAUGCCACAAGUUUAAAUCGUUGCUAAAGUGUGUGAAUGCAUGUGUGAGCGUGUGUGUGUCCAUUUCAUAUCCUAUAUAUGCAUAUAUAUGCCAGAGUAUGACAAAGGUUGCAUUGGCUAUGCAGCCAACUUGGCUGGCCUUGAAGAAGAACUAGGCCUUUAAGAGUACAAUAUAUGCCAGAUAAUUGCCAACUUAACUACUUGUAUGUAUCUAUCUAUAUAAUAAUAUUUUUUUUUACUUUACUGUGAUGACGCCUUGUUUGGGCACAGGGUAUUUAUAAGUCGUUCAACGCAAUGGCAACGUUAUAACUUGAGUUUUUUUGUUGCUCUAAAUAGAUAUUUUCGUUUAAAGCUUUUGUCUCUGGGUCUGUAUGUGUGUGAGUUGAUGUGUGUGUGUGUCUGUACGUGUAUGUGUGUGUGUGUAUGUGUGUGUUAACUGGUAUCUGCUUGUAUGGCUCUGUGUUUGCUGGCAUGUUCUCGGCUGCAAAUGGCACAAAACUUUGUGGCUUUUCACUUCAUUCCUCUUGUUUUGUAAUUACAAAAGCAAAUAGUUUAGAUUGCCAUAGCAAAACGAAGAAAGACAGAAAAAAGAACUUAAGCUCAAAACGAAAGCUUUGCAAAUAUUGGAAACAUUUUUGUGGGCCUUACUUUAGGCUUUGUCUUUCUAAAAGGCAAAUGUUUUGCCCCAAAAUUGCCCAGUUAAUAUAAUCGUUAAAGUACUCGUAAUAAACCCAGGAACAUUUAAACAUUUCAAGUUGCAUUCAAUAAAAGUUAAUACAAAAUUCAUGUCAUGCAUAUCAAAUAAGCUUAAACCACAACAAAAACUACAACAAAAGUACUUAAAACAACAAUCAAACAACUAUUGCCAUUGUAUAUACGCUGUAAAUAAAAACGUACUUAUUUGCAAUUUUGCAAUUUUUGCUCCAAUUGGCAAUUAGUUCCAAAGCAAAGUGCAGCAAAGUGUUUCUUCAACUUAAGAAUAAAUAAUUUACGUAGGGCAUUGUAUAAGCACAACUUGCAAACAAAACAUUCCUCUUUAAAGUUCAAGUAUUUGUUUUGUUUAUACAAUAUUAACGACAACAACAACAACAACAACAAUUUACAACAACAACCAAAGACUAGUCAUUUAAGUCAUAAUGUUGCUAUGUACAAACUAUUUAGUAGUUAAACAAAACGGUAAAAAAUACAUAAAAUUUAAAGCUUACAGUUAAUCAUUCGAUUUAAUCUUAUGCUUACUACAAAUGCAAUUGUGCAUUUAUUAGUUUUAGAAGCGAAAAAAAGCA